UCCAUAUGAAGGCACAGCCUGUAUUUCAUCCAAUGAGCAAAUUGUGGACAGGUUUUAUGUGACAGCGCUUCAGAACGAGGAAUUAAACAGCUCUUGGCAGCAGUACCGGAGACAUGUGUGGAAUAUUUGCUUAUUUGAAUUAUCACGUUCCUCGUACUCGACGUGAGAUCCUUGAGGUCCUUAUCAAAGGUCUCCGGCGUUUGGAAUACCGUGGCUAUGACUCUGCAGGUGUGGGUAUUGAUGGAGGAAACGGUAAGGAAUUGGAAACCAAAGCCAAGACCAUCCAUCUGAUCAAACAAACGGGAAAAGUAAAUGCCUUGGACGAGGAAAUCCUUAGGCAACAGGAGGUUGAUCUCGAUGUUGAGUUUGACGUGCACCUUGGAAUCGCUCAUACUCGCUGGGCAACGCAUGGCGUCCCCAGCCCUGUCAACAGCCACCCGCAAAGAUCAGACAAGAACAACGAGUUCAUUGUUAUCCAUAAUGGGAUCAUCACCAACUACAAAGACCUGAAGAAGUUUCUGGAGAGUAAAGGCUAUGAGUUUGAGUCUGAGACAGACACUGAGACCAUUGCCAAGCUGGUGAAGUACUUGUAUGAUAACCGUGAGAGCGAUGACAUCACAUUCGCCACCCUUGUGGAGCAAGUCACCCAGCAACUGGAAGGAGCUUUUGCCCUGGUUUUCAAAAGUCUGCACUAUCCAGGAGAGGCAGUAGGCACCAGGAGAGGAGGUCCAUUACUGAUCGGCGUAAGAAGUGACCACAAGCUGUCCACAGAUCACAUUCCCAUCCUGUAUCGCUCCUCUGGUAAAGACAAAAAGAGUUGUAAUACUCUACCCAGGAUGGAUCUGGACACAUGUCUGUUCCCUGUGGAUGAUAAAGCUGUGGAGUAUUACUUUGCCUCUGAUGCCAGUGCUGUUAUUGAACACACCAAUCGGGUCAUCUUCCUUGAGGAUGAUGAUGUUGCAGCAGUGAGCGACGGACGUCUCUCCAUCCAUCGGAUCAAACGUACAGCGGGAGAUCACCCAGCCCGUGCCAUACAGACCCUUCAGAUGGAACUGCAGCAGAUCAUGAAGGGUAAUUUCAGUUCCUUCAUGCAGAAAGAGAUCUUUGAGCAGCCAGAGUCUGUGGUCAACACCAUGAGAGGAAGAGUGAACUUUGAGAACAACACAUUGAUCUUGGGAGGACUAAAAGAUCACAUUAAAGAGAUCCAAAGGUGUCGUAGGCUCAUCCUGAUCGCUUGUGGGACCAGUUACCAUGCUGGAGUUGCAACUCGUCAGGUUUUGGAAGAACUAACUGAACUUCCUGUCAUGGUGGAACUGGCCAGUGACUUCCUGGAUCGAAACACACCCGUGUUCCGAGAUGACGUGUGCUUUUUCAUCAGCCAGUCAGGGGAGACAGCAGACAGCCUGUUGGCUCUGCGUUACUGUAAGGAGAGAGGCGCUCUUACUGUAGGCAUCACGAACACUGUGGGCAGCUCUAUCUCAAGAGAAACAGACUGUGGCGUUCACAUCAAUGCUGGACCAGAAAUCGGAGUGGCUAGCACCAAGGCGUACACAAGUCAGUUUGUGGCUCUCAUCAUGUUUGCCCUGUUGAUGUGUGAUGACAGAAUAUCCGUGCAGCCACGGAGGCGAGAAAUCAUACAGGGUCUCAAAGUGCUGCCAGAUUUGAUUAAAGAGGUGUUGAGUUUGGAUGAGGAGAUUCAGAAGCUGGCGGCUGAGCUGUACCAGCAGAAGAGUGUUCUCAUCAUGGGCCGUGGCUACCACUAUGCCACCUGCUUGGAAGGAGCUUUGAAAAUUAAGGAGAUCACAUACAUGCAUUCAGAGGGCAUUCUGGCCGGUGAGCUGAAGCACGGCCCGUUGGCUCUAGUGGACAAACUCAUGCCUGUCAUCAUGAUCAUCAUGAGAGAUCACACAUACACAAAGUGCCAGAAUGCACUGCAGCAGGUGGUGGCCAGACAGGGGCGUCCAAUCGUGAUCUGCGAUAAGGAAGACUACGAGACCAUCAGUAACUCAAGCCGCACCAUCAAAGUGCCUCACUGUGUGGACUGUCUUCAAGGAGUUCUCAGUGUCAUCCCUCUACAGCUGCUCUCUUUCCACCUCGCUGUGCUCCGCGGAUACGAUGUUGAUUGCCCGAGAAACCUGGCCAAGUCUGUGACUGUAGAGUAAACACCAGCUGAUCGAGCAAUACCCCAAACACACACACACACACACACACACACACACACACACACACACACACACACACACACACACACACACACACACACACACAUAUACAAA